AUGUCAAGGACAGCGACUCCUGCUUUGCCGCUGCAUAAUGCACCCAAUUCGGAUUCUCCAAGGCCUUCCGCGACACCAUUAGGGGUGAGGCCAGAUGCGCCCUCAUCGAUUUCAACCUCCACAUACUCAUGGCUUGAGCCUCAUGAGACUGCCGACAGACUGCACACCUCCCUCCACCAUGGCCUGACUCCCUCAGAAGCCGAAAUUCGCCUAGCCCGAGAUGGGCCAAAUGAACUUCCUCACGAGGAACCCGAGGCACUAUGGCUGCGAUUCGUGAAACAGUUCAAGGAAACACUCAUCCUGCUCCUCCUCUCCUCGGCGGGGAUAUCUUUCAUCAUGGGCAACUAUGAUGAUGCUGUGAGCAUUACCUUAGCUGUGACGAUUGUGGUGUCAGUUGGCUUUGUUCAAGAAUACCGCUCAGAGAAAUCUCUGGAGGCAUUGAAUCGUCUUGUCCCGCACUACGCUCACUUGAUUCGCGAUGUCCCUUCCCCAGCGUCAGCGGUACCCGAGUCAUCUGCGACUGGGCUGGAAAUGGAUGAUCUCAAGGUCAAAAGCGCCGGCGCCGCUUCGGCCGCAAUUAAAGCCUCCACGACUGUUCCCGCCGUCGAUUUAGUACCCGGAGACUUAGUCCUCUUCUCUACCGGCGAUCGCAUCCCCGCUGAUAUACGGAUUACCGCUGCGACGGAUCUUUCAAUUGAUGAAUCCAACCUGACUGGCGAGAAUGAGCCCGUUGUGAAGUUUUCGGCGGCCCUCCAUAGCCAUCGCCACGGAUCACUCAAAGUUCCCAAGAGCAUCAGUCCACCACGCUCGCCAUUCUACGAUGCACCCGCCAGUGGUGCAGUGGGCGCCGACAUCCGGCUGAACGAGCAGCACAACAUUGCUUUCAUGGGCACCCUUGUUCGUUCCGGAUACGGUCAAGGGAUCGUGAUUGCUACGGGCGCAAAAACCGAGUUCGGAAGCAUUUCGGCAUCUUUACAAGAGAUUGAAAGUCCCCGGACUCCCCUCCAGUUGUCUAUGGACCGACUCGGUCAAGAGCUUAGCUAUAUCUCGUUUGGCGUUAUCGGCCUCAUCGUUGUCAUUGGUCUCAUCCAGGGCCGCAAGAUUCUGGAGAUGUUCACAAUUGGUGUUUCUCUUGCCGUCGCGGCGAUUCCAGAGGGUCUCCCGAUCAUUGUGACUGUGACCCUUGCGCUCGGAGUCCUGCGCAUGGCCAAACGAGGGGCAAUUAUGCGCCGACUCCCGAGCGUUGAGACACUCGGCUCCGUGAAUGUCGUCUGUAGUGACAAGACUGGUACUCUGACGAUGAACCAUAUGACCGUGACCAAAAUGUGGAAUUUUGAUUGCCAUGAGCCCUUUGACGUCCAUCAUGAUAUGACCUCGUCCAUGGCCCCCGGCCCUGCAGCGCGGACCAUCCUCCGAGUGGGAAAUAUUGCCAACAACGCUCGACUGUCUCGAACACACGCCAACUCUCCGGCAAGUGCGUCUUCCGCAGCUGUUCUUUCCUCUACUAUUGACAAAAAUGCAACCGCUGUGAAGAGCCGAUGGGUCGGCCAACCCACAGAUGUUGCCAUGUUGGACUUGUUGGACGUUUUGGGUGAGGAUGAUGUUCGAGACCGGAUCCAUGCACGCGUAUCGGAGACACCAUUUAGUUCUGAACGUAAAUGGAUGGGCGUCAUCAUCGGCACCAACAGUCCUAGCGACUCCGACGUCGCCUACAUUAAGGGAGCAUUGGAACAAGUUUUGGCUCGCUCAGACACCUUCUUGACCAAGGACGGCCGUGAAGUCAUUCUCGACGAACCCCGCCGCAAAGUCAUCCGCGACGCGGCCGAGCACAUGGCCAGCGAGGGUCUUCGAGUUCUGGCUUUUGCUAGCGGGGCCGUUCGGAAUCCGUCCCGCGGCAUGCGAGGCUUCGGCAGCCGAUCGAGUACUCCCAGUUCCAAGUGCAGCAGUCCGGCCGACGACGACGACCGCUACAAUGGUCUGACCUUUGCCGGCCUUGUUGGUAUGAACGACCCACCCCGGAAGGAUGUGCACAAGUCCAUCCGGCGGCUCAUGGCCGGCGGUGUCCGCGUUAUUAUGAUUACCGGGGACGCUGAGACCACCGCCGUCGCGAUUGCGAAGAAACUCGGGAUGCCUGUUAGUGAUUCCCCGAGCGCGCGAUCUGUUAUCCGUGGCGAUGAGAUCGACCACAUGAGCACCGGAGAACUUGCACAGGCUAUUGCCACGACCUCUAUUUUCGCCCGAACGAGCCCAGAUCACAAGAUGAAGAUUGUGCGUGCGCUGCAGUCUCGUGGUGACGUUGUUGCUAUGACGGGCGACGGAGUCAAUGAUGCACCCGCCCUGAAGAAAGCCGACAUUGGCAUUUCAAUGGGCAAACUGGGUACCGAUGUUGCAAAGGAGGCUGCGGAUAUGAUUCUGACCGACGACGAUUUCUCCACCAUUCUUCGUGCUAUCGAGCAGGGCAAGGGCAUCUUUUACAACAUCCAAAACUUCAUCACUUUCCAACUCAGCACCAGUGUGGCUGCCCUCAGUCUGGUGCUGCUGAGCACCACUCUUGGCUUUAAAAACCCGCUCAAUGCCAUGCAAAUUCUGUGGAUCAACAUUCUCAUGGAUGGCCCGCCAGCUCAGUCCCUUGGCGUGGAGCCCGUUGAUCCCUCGAUCAUGCAACGCCCGCCACGCCCGAAGCACGCGCGAGUUCUGACACGACCCUUGAUCCAGCGGGUUCUUACCUCUGCCAUGGUCAUCAUGAUUGGCACACUUGCCAUCUACAUCCACGAGAUGGGCGAUGUGGAUGACGGUCAGCCAUUGGGCAAGCGCUCAAGAGUGGUGACUGCCCACGACACGACCAUGACCUUCACCUGUUUCGUACUUUUUGACAUGUUCAACGCGUUGACGUGCCGCAGCGAGAGCAAGUCAGUUCUGCGGGGAGAGCUGCCGCUUUUCGGGAACAAGAUGUUCAAUUACGCAGUUUUCGGAUCCUUGGCGGGUCAAGCCUGCGUCAUCUACCUGCCUUUCCUCCAGCGCAUCUUCCAGACCGAAGCACUUGGCCUCGGAUCCCUGCUCAAGCUCGUCUGCCUUGCCAGCUCGGUGUUUUGGGUCGACGAGGGACGCAAGUACCUGCACGCCGUUCGCCGCCGGGGUGGCUUAGGCGCUGGCUACAGCGUCAAUGUAUAA